GCCAGGAUGGCCAGGUUGGCCAGCUUCUGAGCUCUGCAGCACUCACUCCCUCACUCAUCCCCAGGCCUGUGCUACUAAGAAUACAUUAACCCCCACAACUCAUAUGAAUAACCAGAGGUGAGGAGGAGCUGGAGAACAAGGUUACCAGGUGCCAGUCACUAGGUAACAUGUUGAUAAAGCCAGAAUCGUGAUUCCUCAAGAAGUCGAAGAGAAGAACGGCUGUGGAUGUUAAAUUCCUAAGUGGUCUCUGCUACUGAGGCGGGACUUCUAUGGUAAAAAAGCAGAAAGUAGUUGAAGUGGCCCAUGUUGAGCUGAGGUGAUCCUUUCCAGUUUUUCCCUCUUCCAUGGUGAUUCACUGGUUCCCUGUUUACCUCUCUUAAUAUCAACUUUCACGUCAAAGUUACUGGCCUCUGAUGGCACUGGAGCUUCUUAAGGAAGACAGGGAUGCUUUAUUGGAACGAUGUUGUGCUAAACACAAAGACAGACUAGAAGGCAACAGUGACCCUCAAAUUUAAAUUUAGGAAAUCUAAUAAAUUUAUAACUCAAGGUCAAUCCACCGUUAAAACAAUGAGGACUCACUGGGGACCAAGGGAUUCCAACUCCACUCUGCUGUUUUGUGAGACGAAGAUCUAAUUUUUGAGAUUCUACUUUUCCUUAUUCCAAGGUGCUGCCUGGUUACUUGAGGUAAUCUGUCUCCACCCCACCCCCACCCCAAGCCGCAAUGGUGUGGAGGCGCUGUAGAGGGGAAGCGACCGAGUGGAGUGAACAGCCGUUGGGAUGCGGGCGCCUACCCUCCGACGGAGCACAGUGGCCAGAGAGAAAUGCUGGUGGGUGGGUGGCGCCCUCUGCCAGUUACAGUUGCGGAGCGAGUGUCCCUCUCAAGGCGGGUUUUGGCUCGGUAGCCCAGAAUAGACACUGAGGAAGCGGCGGCCCCUGUGGCGUCCAGGAAGGAGCUCUCCGAGGGGCUGAGCACCUCUAGAGACCCAGCACAACCGCGAGGUUCCACGGAUGCCCAGCCCCGAGCGCAGAAUGCAGCCUGGCCAGCGGCCCGCGGGGUCCUCUGGGAAGCAGCAUCCGGUAAUGCGCGCCGCGCCCCGCGGAGGAUUCUGGGAAUUGUAGUUCAGCAGCGAGUUCGGGCCGGCGCCACUCGCCCCGCAGGCUCCUAGAUGCCUUUGUCGCCCGCCGAGCUUACUCAGUGUUGUUCAUGAGGUCGAGCCUGGGGUCCGGGAGGACUGAGUGCGUGUUCUCUUGAGUCUGAGUGCCCCGAAGGGGGGCCGGGGAAGGCCCCGGGGUGGAGGGCGCCGAGCUGCCCAGCGAGGGUCGCGCGAGCGUUCCCGGGCCUCUAGGUGGACCCGCGCGGUGGACCCCAGGCCCCUCGCAGCUUCCCCGCUCCCUUUUCCCGCAGUCGUCACCAGCGCUAGCGUGGAGGGAGUCACCGUGGAGCCGAAGGGCAGAGGGUCACUUUCUGAGGAUUCAGACCUUUGUCAGGCUGGAAACCCCAAAGAAAAUGGCCUGACCACUGUGCUGCUGACCCGGGCAUCCCAGGGAUCGACGAUCAGGGACAUGGCCGAGGCUCUCACCCAGUGGGAACAGCUGAACUCUCCGCAGGGAGGUGAGCCUGAGAAGCCUAGGAAUCUGGUCUUGCUCGGGCUUCCAAUUUCCAAGCCUGAUGUAAUCUCUCAGUUGGAGAGUGGGGAGGUGCUGGAAAGAAAAGUCUCAAAAGCAGCUAAUCCAGACUGGGGUACAGGACCAGAGAGCAAGGAGGUAAUCCCAGAGCAGGAUAUUUCUGAAGAAGAAUCAACCCCUGGGGUGUUAGUAGAGAGAUUUGCAAAGGAAAGUUCCAGUGAAUGUGAAGAUUCUUUAAAGAAUCAGCAGGAAAACCAUGAGAAACAUUUAAUACAAGAGGUUGGCCCUCAGACGAAACCUUCUGGGGAGAGAAGCUACCAGUGUGAUGAAUUUGGAAGAAAUUUUAGUCGGAGGUCAUUACUCGUCCAACAGCAAGGAGAGAGACCACACAGCCGUGAUUCAUUUAAAAAGCACUUGAAGCAAAAUUCAGAUCUAAUGAAACAUGAAAAAAUCUGUGCAGGAAAGAAACCUUGGAAGUGUAAUGAGUGUGAGAAGGCCUUUAGUUAUUACUCAGCUUUUGUCUUGCAUCAGCGAAUUCACACGGGAGAAAAGCCCUAUGAGUGUAAUGAAUGUGGGAAAGCCUUCAGUCAGAGCAUACACUUGACUCUGCACCAGAGGAUUCACACAGGAGAGAAACCUUACAGAUGUCACGAAUGUGGGAAAGCCUUCAGUCACCGCUCAGCCCUUAUUAGGCAUCAUAUAAUUCAUACUGGGGAGAAACCUUAUGAAUGCAACGAAUGCGGGAAGGCCUUCAAUCAGAGUUCAUACCUCACUCAACAUCAGCGAAUUCAUACUGGAGAGAAACCGUACGAGUGUAAUGAAUGUGGGAAGGCCUUCAGCCAAAGCACAUUCCUUACCCAGCAUCAGGUCAUCCACACUGGAGAGAAGCCCUAUAAAUGUAAUGAGUGUGGAAAAGCUUUCAGUGAUCGCUCAGGCCUCAUUCAGCACCAGAGAACUCAUACCGGGGAGAGGCCUUAUGAGUGUAACGAAUGUGGGAAGGCCUUUGGCUACUGCUCAGCCCUGACUCAGCACCAGAGAACUCACACUGGGGAGAAACCCUACAAGUGCAACGAUUGUGCCAAAGCCUUCAGUGACCGUUCAGCCCUUAUCCGUCAUCAGAGAACACACACUGGAGAGAAACCUUACAAGUGUAAGGACUGUGGAAAAGCCUUCAGCCAGAGCUCAUCUCUUACAAAGCAUCAGAAAACUCACACUGGAGAAAAACCCUAUAGGUGUAAGGAAUGUGGAAAGGCUUUCAGCCAGAGUUCAUCCCUUUCUCAACAUCAGAAAACUCAUUCUGGAGGGAAAGUCAGGGAAUAUGGAAAAGCCUUUAGUGAGCAUUCAGCCUUCAACCAGCAAAAGAGAAUUGAUACUGGAUAAAAGCAAUGUAAAUGCAAUACAUUCAGAACAUCCUUACUGAGCAAUUACUAUAAUGCUGUGAGGGCUACAAAGGAAUUAAGAAUAUGUUACAAAAGAGAUUUAAUUGAGAAGUCAUUGGUGAUAUGGGACAUAGCUUACUCAGAAUGUGAGAAAAGGGUUUUGCAUUUUUAAAAAAUAUCCUGACAGAGGACACUGAAUUUCCCUAGGGAGAGAGGAAAAUUAUUUCCAACACCCUGAUGUGUAUGUAAGCUACCAAAUCCUUGCCCAAGAAACAGGGUGUGCCACGAUGGAAAGAGGACAUCUUGACUGGGCUAGAUGUUCUCAUAAUACUAAGGGGAUGAUAUUUUAAAGGGAUAAAUGGUCCUUUUAGGCAAAUUGAAUAGAAAUCAGAGGUUGGCAAUUUGCAUUGUCUGUCCAGAGUUGAGAGUGGUGGUGGAAGAGACAUUGUCCUUGGUCUUAAAUACAAGAAUUAAGUGUGUG